AUGGACAAAACGCCACUGCCUCGAGCAUUUGAACGUACAUGCACGUGUACAUCACAUGAUCAUGUCACGUGCAUUGAUUUCCGUCACGAGCGCGGUCGCGUCUCCAGUACUGGUGUUAGCCUCCGCUGUCAGCCCUCUACAGCUCUUAUAACGGUGCAAGAAUGGUGUGUAUCUUCGGUUGAGUCUUCCACAUCACACGCCUUCACCGUCCUUCAUUUUACGCCCGCACGGCCCCACUUUCACGACACCAUGAACGGAAUCAUAUCAGUAUUCAAGCUCAAACACACCCUCCUUGUACUUGCCGCAACUGUCACCAUCACCAUCGCGAUUCCUACUUCAGACCCAUCAUCUUUGUCUUUAGCCUCAAAAGCCAGUGCCACCACACACACAGGUUAUUACUGGCCAUCAUAUGCAACCACGACACCAAAUCCGGCUGACGCAAAGUUACAUCCUGUAACAGAAGUCCUGGCAGCAAUAUUUGGAGAAGCAACUUCAACACAGCAGGACUUUCCUUCUACGACGCUCGCACCGUACCAGCAAAUUCCCUCGCCAGUGGCGCCUCCAGCAACAAAGCCUACCCUUCCGGUCACGACCUCUUCAAGUCUUCCCCAGCCUACCUCAUCCCGACAUGGCAGUUUUGCAGCACAGCACAAGGAGCUACUCGUUGCCAUCAUUAUUGGCUGUAUCAUGGGCCUCAUCCUUUUCGCAGUUGUAUACAGAUUUGUGGUCGCGUCUUCUGCAUGCAAUUGCCGAGGCCGAACUCAACAUAUCGGCCAGGAAGCAAAGAGGAGGACAAUGUCGCUAUUCCGUCUUUCGAAUGAAUCGUGGGGCAUAAAAGGUCCUGUGAGAGAGGAAAAAUCGGUUGAUCUGCGAGCCAUCGAAGCAAACGAUAUGGUAGAGAUCCCGCUACAUGAGAAUUACUUCGCUGGCCGGCAAGACGUCAGACACCACCACGACAUCGCUACAUACGCAUUCCCAGUGCAACAAUCUGAAGGGUACCCUCAUCGCUCCAUUCCGAAUAAUAAGCGACCAAGCAUGCUCAGCGUGUCUGCUGCUUGCGCUAUGAAAUCGCGGCUCAGCAGACUGCUCUCAUCAUCGACGUUUUCGCAUCGCGACACCAUCACGACGCAGGAUUCUGAAUCGACAGCCCAUCAAACGUUGCAGAAUACAUCUGCAAAUAUGAACACAUCUUACCAUGGACGGACGAAAAGCGCGCCAGUUGGGGGACAGAACCGGCCUAAAUCGAACAAGUCCACCAAGUCGAAUGACUCGGAAUGGGAUAUUGCACAUGCAUACGGCGCACCAAGAAAUGAAAAGACACUUAGCGUGGGCGCAGCAUCGAGACUAUCUGAUGUAGGAUGGCAUUGA